ACAAGUCCCAGGCUGCUCAGCGCGCCACGGCCCUGCGGAGGGCGCGGCGCGGGGAGGUGGGCGCUGCGGCGGCGGCGGCCCAGAGGAGCGGGGCGCGGGCGCGGGCGCCGGCGGCGGGCUAUGCCGGGGGACGGGGACGGCGCGGAGGAGAGCUGCAGUGGUGCUGAGGGAGCGGUGCCGGGAACUGGCUCGGAGGCUGGGGCGGUGGCGGGACGGGAGCCCUCGCGGCUGUGCGGCUACCUGCAGAAGCUCUCGGGCAAGGGCCCGCUGCGCGGCUACCGCAGCCGCUGGUUCGUGUUUGACUCGCGCCGCUGCUACCUCUACUACUUCAAGAGCCCGCAGGACGCUCUGCCGCUCGGCCACCUGGACAUCGCCGACGCCUGCUUCAGCUACCAGGGCCGCGAUGAGGCUGCGGAGCCGGGAGCCGACCCGCCCACGCACUUCCAGGUGCACAGCGCCGGUGCCGUCACCGUGCUCAAGGCUCCUAACCGUGAGCUCAUGACUUAUUGGCUACAGGAGCUUCAGCAGAAAAGAUGGGAAUAUUGCAACAGCCUUGACAUGGUGAAGUGUGACAGCAGGACUUCCCCAACUCCAGGGGAUUUUCCCAAGGGCCUUGUGGCCAGAGAUACCACAGAUAUAAUUUCCCAGCACCCAAAUCCUUCUGCAGAAAAAGCCAGAACUGUGCUCGCUGUGGAAGCUACCCCUGGAGAGCUGGUGGGAGACCGGGCUGCUCAUCAGCCGGCCCCCGGGCAUCCGAAUCCCAUUAACUUUUACUCUCUGAAGCAGUGGGGUAAUGAGCUCAAAAAUUCAAUGUCAUCAUUCCGUCCUGGGAGAGGGCACAGUGAGAGUCGCAGGACCGUGUUUUACACCAAUGAAGAGUGGGAACUUGUAGACCCGCCUCCUAAGGACCUGGAGGAGUCCCUGGUGCAGGAAGACAAGAAGAAACCAAUGCCUGAGGGGAGUAAAGGAGUCACUAGUUCAGGAUUUCCCUUUGAAUUUGGACGGAAUCCUUACAAAGGAAAGCGCCCCUUGAAAGACAUAAUUGGGUCAUACAAAAACCGCCACAGCAGUAGUGAUCCUUUGAUCGAGGGAACGUCAUCAGGCAGCAGCGGAUGCCUCACCAAGCCAGUGUCCGAAAUGCAGCUGCAGAUUCAAAGCCAGCAGGAGGAGCUGGAGCAACUCAAGAAGGACCUAUCCAGUCAGAAGGAGCUCAUUCGGCUGCUCCAGCAGACGGUCCGGUCAUCACAAUAUGACAAGUAUUUUACGAGCCACCAAAUCAGCCAGGGGGUCCCCAGGGACACACUGGAGCUCCUCCACCAAAAAGACGAGCAGAUCCUGGGCCUCAGCGGCCAGCUGGAGAGGUUCAGCCUGGAGAAGGAAAGUCUCCAGCAGGAAGUGAGGACACUGAAGAGCAAGGUGGGAGAGCUCAAUGAGCGGCUUGGGAUGCUGAUGGAGACCAUCCAGGCCAAGGACGAGGUCAUCAUCAAGCUCAGCGAGUGUGAGGGCAGCGUGUCUUCACCCACCAUGGGGCCCAGCUCUCCUUUGGCCACCCCAGCCAGCAGGGACCAGCUGGAGCUGGACAGGCUAAAAGAUAGUCUGCAAGGGUACAAAAGCCAAAAUAAAUUUCUAAACAAGGAAAUUUUGGAACUCUCAGCUCUACGAAGAAAUGCAGAAAGGAGAGAGAGGGAUCUGAUGGCGAAGUACUCUAGCCUGGAAGCCAAGCUUUGCCAGGUUGAAAGUAAAUACUUGAUACUGCUCCAAGAAAUGAAGACACCAGUUUGCUCAGAAGAACAGGGGCCUGCCAGGGAUGUCAUAGCCCAGUUGUUGGAGGAUGCUCUGCAGGUUGAGAGCCAAGAGCAGCCGGAGCAAGCAUUCGUUAAGCCUCAAGUGGUCAGUGAGUUUGAUAUCUACGGGUUUAGGACUGUCCCUGAUGAUGAUGAGGAAGAGAAGUUGGUCGCCAAGGUCCGAGCAUUGGACCUGAAGACUCUGUACCUCACAGAAAACCAGGAAGUUUCCACUGGGGUCAAGUGGGAAAACUAUUUUGCAAGCACAAUGAACAGGGAGAUGGUAUGUUCUCCAGAGCUGAAAAACCUGAUCCGAGCAGGCAUUCCCCACGAGCACCGCUCCAAGGUGUGGAAGUGGUGUGUUGACCGCCACACCAGGAAGUUCAAGGACAGCAUGGAGCCAGGCUACUUCCAGUCCUUGCUCCAGAAAGCUCUGGAGAAACAGAACCCGGCCUCCAAGCAGAUUGAGCUGGACCUGCUUCGGACUCUGCCCAAUAACAAGCAUUACUCCAGCCCCACAUCGGAGGGCAUACAGAAGCUGCGCAGUGUCCUGCUCGCCUUCUCCUGGCGGAAUCCGGAUAUCGGCUACUGCCAAGGCCUGAACAGGUUGGUGGCAGUGGCUCUUCUUUACCUGGACCAAGAAGAUGCUUUCUGGUGUCUCGUUACUAUCGUGGAAGUCUUCAUGCCGCGAGACUAUUACACAAAGACUCUGUUAGGAUCCCAGGUGGACCAGCGGGUGUUCAGAGACCUCAUGAGUGAGAAGCUGCCUCGACUGCACACCCAUUUUGAGCAGUACAAAGUGGACUACACCCUCAUCACCUUCAACUGGUUUCUGGUGGUAUUUGUGGACAGCGUUGUCAGCGACAUCCUCUUUAAAAUAUGGGACUCCUUCCUUUAUGAGGGGCCAAAGGUUAUUUUCCGUUUUGCCCUGGCACUUUUUAAAUAUAAGGAAGAGGAGAUCUUGAAAUUGCAAGAUUCGAUGUCCAUAUUCAAGUAUCUCCGUUACUUCACUCGGACUAUCCUCGAUGCCAGGAAGCUGAUCAGCAUCUCCUUUGGGGAUCUGAACCCCUUCCCCCUGCGCCAGAUCCGGAACCGGAGAGCCUACCACUUGGAGAAGGUCCGGCUGGAGCUGACAGAGCUGGAAGCCAUUCGAGAGGACUUCCUGCGUGAGCGGGACACUAGCCCUGACAAAGGCGAGCUAGUUAGCGAUGAGGAGGAAGACACUUGAAUGAAUCCCCACCCUAGGAUGCUGCUCUUUUUGCCUUCCUUCGUAACCAAAAGUAGCAGAAGCACAUCUCUGCACAUCCGCUGUCAGAUUGUAACAUCUACAGCCUCUGGGUAUCUGCUGGGCAGAUGUCCAGAGCUAAGCUGCACUUUCUCAUCCCCCAUUUGGGGCAGGGGUCCAUGUCCCGGCAUUCAGUCAUAUGCAUCAUAUGCUUGCUGCCUGAUUGGUGACUCACCAGGUGACUCUUUCCAAGGGCUUGUUUACAGCAUCUGCCAGUUGUGUGGGUGUUUCGCCCUGCAAAAACUAUGUUCCACAUCUCCCUAUGCUCGCUCUUUUAUCCAAGAGUAGCACUGUGGAGAAAUGCGCAGGGGGCUGCAGUAUGGCUGCUUCCAGGAGCAAAAGGUCACCAUAAGAAGAGGGACCUCUUAAAAAGGCAAGCACAGAACUGGCCUCCCUAGAGAGCAUGGGAGCCCUCUUCUGGUGGCUUCGCCCUGCCAGCCUCAGUCCCUUCUGGACUAGCCUUUGCCCUCCUAUACAGCCUUUCAGACUGUAGCACUCGCCCUGCUCUGUAGCAGCCCCCAUACUUCUCACUGCCAUCUAUUUUGCCAGCUGUCUGUACCAACUUGCAGUAGGGCUAGCACAUCUCCAAGAGGUGCUGUGGAAAGUUCUUCUAGCUGGGAGCUGACUUGUAGACACCAUUCUCCAAGUGUGGCUGGUUUGGGAUUCCAGGGGAACCUUGCAGUAGACCCACCCCUGCAUAGGAAUCUCUCAGAUCUGUGGCUUGUGGGCUCCUGGAUUCAGAGCUCUAGAAUCUCUCCUGCCCAACACUGUGUGGGGAGUGGGGCUCACUUCCAGCUUCCUGAAUCUGGAAGCACCUUUGCUUGGGAACAAGAGUGACGAGCUCUCCUAGUCUCUGUUGCGGGGAUCAUCCUUGUCCUCAGCAGGGAUCCGUGACCACUGUGGCCUCUGCAUAGCAGACUCUGGGGACCUGGAACACUUCCUUCUGGAAGCCCAGAGCGGGUCUGAACAAGAAAGGUUAUUUUUGCUCAGUCCUGGCGCAUCUCUGAUGGGUGGCUGUCAUGAGAAAACAUCUUGUUACACAGUAUUAUGGGAACACAAGGGAAACAGCCUUAAGUGGACUACUUUACACUACCUUGGGGGGGGGGAUGGAAACAGUCCUUAGUGUAAACACACUCAGACAAGGAGCGGAGCAAGACAGUCUUGAGAAGUGCUUUUUCCAUGACCCGUCUUCCUGGUUUUGUUGUCUGCUGUCUAGCACUUGAGUGGCUGAGUCCAUUCUUCAGUAUCUAGACUAUGUUUAACUUCUCUAAAAGUUGCUUCAUUUAUUACCAUGUAAAAGGAGCUGGUCUCUAUAUUUAGCCAAUAGCCUUUGUCUAUUUUCAGGUAUCAAAAAUAUCAUCCUUGUGUCUUUGGGAUGGUGGUUCGAGGCCUGGCUUCUUUGGGAAGCUGUCUGGAGCUGGACUGGUCUCACUGUUGUUCCCAGAGCCUCCCUGAGACCAAAUGCUGGAAGAUGCCCCACCCCCUGUGAAUGCCUUGGGGACAGCUGUUAGGAGGUGCAGUAGGAUAGGGUUGGAGACCCGCAGCUCAGCCCCAUGGCUCAGUUGCCAUGUGAGUUUCCUACCAGAAGAUGCCAGUCCAAAUAUGCAUUUGAUGUAAAUGCAAUCUUUGUGGCGGGCUGCUUUUGUUCUAUGUGCUGGUGGAGGCAAAGUACCUCCUGAUGCUGAGGACAUGGCUUAGAACGUGUGCCUGGGUGUGGGGCCCUAAAGAAUCUCUGGGUUCCAGCUCAGAGAUUGACAAAAAAUAAAAUCUCCAGUAUGCGCGGGUACCUAUUCUGCCAUUCCCUGAGAGACAGCGUUAGUUUCUCAGGCAGUUAGCAUCAGUGCCCAGGUAAAAGUCUCAAGAGGUUUCAAAGGGAAUGCACACUUAGAGGCUCUCCUCCCUGGAAUAAACGACUCAGUGUCUUCAGUGCUGAGAAGGAAUGGUUGCCCUCUUUCCAGUUUGGGGACAAAAUGACAGACGCUCGUCCCAUAGGCAUGGGGCUCCAGUAACUGAGCCAUCUUCUCCCAUUCCCUCAUCACCGAGACCUGUCUUCACCCUCCAGUGCUCCUGAGGUUCCAGGCUUCUCCCAGCCACCGUAAUGUCAGGCAGUAACGUCAGGGGCUGCCUUGUGCUGCUUUUCAUCUGAACCUUUACCCAGCAUGACAUGCAUGGCUCUUGCCUGGUGAGCCUUGUGGGCUGAGCGACCCAAAGCACAGCCUCCAGCAUGUGGGUCCAAAUGCACAUGCCACAGUAGGGGAGCACCCUGCCCUCAGCACCCCACCUGGUGGGACUUACCAAUAUCUCAACUGUUGAUACUUUUAUAUUUUCACUACAUUUUAUAUUUUUAUAGACUAUUUUGUAUUAAGGUUUUUCUAGAUCCUGUACUUUUAUAUAACAAGUUCUAUUUUGUGUGCACAACUCUCCUGUAUGUAUUUAUGUCAACCCGAGACUCCCAGAUUGCAGGUCCCUCUUGUGACACCUUUUCCUCUUAACCUUGACUGUCGCCCUCUUCUGCUCACCCAGGUAGCCUCGGAGGCUACUUCUAGCCAUGAUGACAACCGAACAGUAGUAACUGGUCAGCAUUUACUUCUCUGGUGUUAGCUGGGGUCUGUUAAUAUAGGAGGUACCCUGGGCAGUACCCAGUCAUGUCUUGUUAGCUAUGUUACAGUGCAUGCCCCUUUCACUUGGUACAGUGAUAUCCUGAUGCGGCCACCUCUGGGUGGGUGACUGGUCAGGAAAGUCCUUGAAGACAGAGGCUAGAGGCAAGCCCGGUGUAUGAGGCUCUUCUCCUGUGGGCAACUGGGGGACUUGAGGGCACACUGCCAAGUGACUGUCCUUUUAUACCACAGCAGCUUCCAUGCUCACCCUUGAGUUAAAUGUUAGACUUGUAAAAGGAAGAAAUAAACUAAUUUGUAUUACA